GACGAUGCCCGUCAGUUGUUUGUAUUAGCUGGAAGUGCGGAGGAAGGCGUGAUGACUGCCGAGCUAGCUGGCGUGAUUAAGCGGUUAUGGAGAGAUGCUGGGGUUCAGGCCUGCUUCAGCAGAUCAAGAGAAUAUCAGCUUAACGACUCUGCCUCAUAUUACCUAAAUGACUUGGAUAGAAUAUCCCAGCCGACCUAUAUUCCGACUCAGCAGGAUGUUCUGCGGACCAGAGUUAAAACUACAGGCAUUGUGGAAACUCACUUCACCUUCAAGGACCUGUACUUCAAGAUGUUUGAUGUUGGCGGCCAACGGUCGGAGCGCAAGAAGUGGAUCCACUGCUUUGAAGGCGUGACAGCAAUUAUUUUCUGCGUGGCCCUCAGCGAUUACGACCUUGUCUUGGCCGAGGACGAGGAAAUGAACCGGAUGCAUGAGAGUAUGAAACUGUUUGACAGCAUUUGUAACAACAAAUGGUUUACAGACACAUCGAUCAUUCUCUUCUUGAACAAGAAGGACCUGUUUGAAGAAAAGAUUAAGAAAAGCCCGCUAACGAUCUGCUAUCCAGAGUACACAGGCUCCAACACGUACGAGGAAGCAGCUGCGUACAUCCAGUGUCAGUUUGAAGAUCUGAACCGGAGAAAAGACACCAAGGAGAUCUACACACACUUCACCUGUGCCACUGACACCAAGAACGUGCAGUUUGUGUUUGAUGCUGUUACAGAUGUUAUCAUCAAAAACAACCUGAAGGAAUGUGGACUCUAUUGAGAAGGAAGGGGCGUGGGAAGAAGUUUUUAUGAUGUGGCGUUUUGAGAACCAGACUCUUUGCUGCCUCACGGGGACAGCUGCAAGCAUGAACAGGACCAGGGAAACAAACAAACAGCAUGCAGAAUCGUUGCAUUCUUUAGCACAAUCUUCUGUAUUAGGGACCUUUUUAUUGAUAUGGGAUGUUGAAGUUAGGUCAAGAUGGAACAACUAUUAGUGUGACUAGAUCAUCCUGGCAUCGUUUGGAUGGCGUAAUCUCAAAUGUGU